GAAGCGAUCGGAAAAUCAUGGCGCUCGGAGUGUAGAAUUGUAGAUUGACGACAGUUACUUUCUUGCAGCUGUUCGCUCACUGCGUGAUACGUCCGGAGGUCACUUGCGUUUAGACAUUGAUCAUUAACAAAAUUAUAGUUCAUAUGUUUGUUCCGUAACAUUCUGUUAUUGGACGUAAAUGAAUUAGAGAAGUGAAAUCUUGCAACAUUCAACAAAAGAUAUUGCAUUGUGUGCACUGUGGUUUUAGUGACGUAACUGGAUUUCUCGCAAACUGCCCUCUUGUUUACCGUUAAAGGUCGCCUAUGUGUCGUCGUGUCGUCUGAUGGUUGUGAUUGACGCGUGAACAACAGUCAAGAUGUGGGAGUUGGAUUCCGAUUCGGGGUCGCAGAGCGUGUCAUCCGAUGGGCUGCGACGACGUCAAGGAUGGGACCCCGAGGGCGAGAGCCUGGCCUCGCACAUGGACGAGCUGGACGAGGUGCUCGCGGAGGAGGAGGAAGGCUGUCCUUUACCGUCCACGCCCGAGGAUCAACAUCUGCUCGACGCGGAGAUGGCUGAAGUGUUGAAAGCGGGUGUUCUGUCAGACGAGAUCGAUUUGGGAGCGCUGGCUCACAACGCCGCGGAGCAAGCAGAGGAGUUUGUGCGCAAAGUCUGGGAAGCGUCGUGGAAUGUGUGCCACUUCCGCCAUCUACCCCGUUGGCUGCAAGACAAUGACUACCUCCACAAGGGCCACCGUCCGCCCCUGCCUUCCUUCAGCGCCUGUUUCGCCUCCAUCUUCCGCAUCCACACCGAAACUGGCAACAUCUGGACCCAUCUUCUUGGUUGCGUAGCCUUUAUUGGCGUCGCUAUCUACUUUCUUUCUCGACCAUCCAUCGAAAUUCAAAUGCAAGAGAAAAUGAUUUUCGGCGUAUUCUUUGUGGGAGCUAUUAUCUGCCUUGGCUUUUCUUUUGCAUAUCACACACUCCACUGUCACUCUGAAAUGGUUGGUAAAUUGUUUUCUAAGCUUGAUUAUUGUGGAAUAGCAUUACUUAUAAUGGGGUCAUUUGUUCCUUGGUUGUACUAUAGUUUCUAUUGCCACUACAGACCAAAGAUUAUUUAUCUAUCUGUAGUGGUUGUUUUAGGAAUACUUUCUAUAAUAGUUUCGCUUUGGGAUAGAUUCUCAGAGCCUAGACUGCGGCCGCUUAGAGCCGGAGUGUUUAUGGGCUUCGGUCUCUCUGGGGUGGUGCCAGCUAUUCACUAUGGCAUAACAGAGGGCUGGUUUACUCAGGUCAGCAAGGCGUCACUGGGCUGGCUCGUCCUGAUGGGUCUUCUUUACAUUCUUGGAGCUAUGUUCUAUGCCCUGCGAGUCCCGGAGAGAUGGUUCCCUGGGAAGUGUGACAUCUGGUUCCAGUCCCAUCAGAUCUUCCAUGUGCUUGUGAUUGUGGCAGCCUUUGUCCACUACCAUGGCAUCAGCGAGUUGGCCUCCUACCGGGUGACAGUCGGAGAAUGCACCAUGCCCCCCUCUUCCAUAGCUUUUUAGCCCCUUAUAAAUUGUGAUAGUAGACCAUAAAUAAAUUAGUAGGAAAAUACAUUCAAUGACUACACACAUUAUAUUUUUUUAACAAUGUUGAUUUUAAUUGCAUUUGGAUAUUUAUUUUUAUUAUUAAAUCACAGUUUUUAAAGUAAUAAUUAUGUAUUUAAAUAAAGCACCAAGAUUUAGGAAUUUAUGUAUAAUGAUUGGCUAUUCUAAAGGGCUUAAAAUUUAUUAAUUUGUCUCAAAAAGGUUUGUUAAUCAUUAUUGUUAUAAUUGUUUGAAUAAUUACUUUCUAAUGUACUUUGCACUAAAUAUUGCACAUUUUGUUUCAUUUAGCAAGUAGUUUUAGGACUUUUAGGAUAGUUUUUUGCAUUAUUUUUAAUCCUUAGAUCAUUCUUGUACUUAAUAUUCUGUUCUGUAGGGCUGAGCUGGUUGGCUUUUUAUAAUUUGUCACCAUGCCUGUCCCAUUCUAACAAGUAUCUAAGUGUGAAAGUGACGGGCAUAGUGACAAGUGAUAAAAAUGGAACCAUGCUGCUACCGCUGUACAACAUUUUGUUCCUGCACAUAGUCCAGUGAUUGUGAUUGAUAUAAGAGAAUGAACUGACCACAAGACAAGCCCAAGAUUCUCAUUGUAUAAACAUGGUCCCAUUUUCCAUGACCAUUGAAAUUGAAAAUUGUAUUGCCUCUUGUGCAAGAUUUGAACUAAUUUCAAUGCUCUAAUUCCUUUGUAUAUCAUUAUAGCAGUUUUCCAUUUCAUAACUCAUUCUUCAUUGAUUAAUGUGUGUACAUAAGUGCAUAGUUUGUAGUUAAUUUGUUGAAUCUCAUAUUUGGGUACUGAGACAUGUGUUGGUACUUGGCAGUCUUAUGUCCAUACAGCAAUAAUUGGAUACAUAGUAUGAAGAGUGUAUAGGUAUUUAUUUACCUUCAUUCUUUUCUGCUAUUGUUUCUCUAUUUCUGUAUAUAAUGGUAAUAUUCUGUACAUAUCUUUGCAAAGUCCUUGGAAAAAAUAAAAGACAAGUAAACUCAAUGGUUCCAUGAAAUAUUUGCAUUGGUUUUGUAUGACUGUCAAGUAAAUACUAGAAUAGUAUUAUUACGGGUCUUAUGUGCUUUUUCAAUACAAUUUUUUAUUUAACAUUCCAUCACUUUAAAUUCAAUAACCAUAUUUUCAGACAGAUAUUUUGUGAGAUUGAUUUUCUCUAUCUUUGUUUUAGAAAACUUGAGGUUUUAUCACUGCUUUUCAAUUACAACAAUCACAGCGCUCAUCAUCUCAUCAACAUACAAAAAUAAAAUCAAAUUGUAGUCUGCACUAAACUAAGCAUAAAGUUAAUAAAAGUAUAUUCUAAAUUGUUGUAAGUGUUCAUAAAUGUAAAAAUUUUAUGAGAAAAAAAAAGUUACGCAGGUAAGUACAUACCGUAAAACUACCCAACUAUAGUCCAAUACUGCAACUAUGGUCCACAAGUUCAAAAGGAAAUUAAGUAUCUAUACCAAUGUUCCUUUUGGUAUACUCCUUUGGUUUUACCUUCCAUUUAUAAACAUACUUUGCCUUAGAACUACAAAAAUAUAGUAAAAUACACACCUGAACGAGAAAAAUUGAGUUUAUUUGUGGACCAUAGUUGGGAGCUUUGGACUAUAGUUGGGUGGUUUUACGGUACCUACCUUUAAAAGUAUACAGUGCAUUGGUAUGAUGCAAAAAAAGAUUAAGUUAUUUGUGUACCUAGGAUACUAUUUUAGUAUUACUUAACUGAAAGACGCUGUAACAAUUCCUAAAAAAAAACGUAAAAACUAAAAAAAAAACAUUGCUUUAUACAUAAAAACAUAAAAAUUUGUGUUUUCGUUAUUGUGAUGAGUGAUCCAGCACUGGCAUAUCAAGGAUAGUCGGCUUAGAUUCGACUAACAAUGAAGACAAUAUUUUUCACGUUGUAUACAGUCACCUGUAAUGUCUUGGACAACAAAAUAUUGUGUAGAGGACUCAUUAAAUUUAAAGUACACUACACUUUUUUUUUGAGUUGGUGCUUAUAUUUACAAGCUUUUAUUUAAGUUACUAGCCCUGUUAGUAUGUAAGUUAGUAUGUUUGUUAGUUAGUGUGGAUCAAAUCUUGGAAGCUAAAUUUGACCUAUUUCCCGUUUUCCGAUUGAGCUGAAAAUUUGCAUACAUAUGUAAGUCGGGUGACCAUGCAAUAUUAUGGUACCAUCGAGCUGAUCUGAUGAUAGAGACAGGAGGUGGCCAUAGGAACUCCGUGAUGAAACAACGCCAACCUAAUUGUGUUUGGGGUUUUUAGAAUUGUCUUAGUUGCCUGUGGUAAGAAAAGUACAAAAGCUUGUACCAAAAAGAUUUUUUUGCCAAAAACUUAUGUUUUUCCAGUCCGUUACCAUUUUACGGAAGGAACGUAAAAUGUAUGGAAAUUUUGGGACACUUCUAUUAGGACAGAAAGAGCUUGUGAUUCUGAGCAGAAAUAACAUAAAAAUCCUAAAUCUGAAAAAAAAGUGUAGUAACUUUAUGUGUGGCCCAGAAAUAUUGUGUGGUUUGUUGUUCAAGAUGUGACUGUAAUUUUUUUGCACAUUUAAAAAUUAUACUACCUGUUCAGCUAUGCAGUAUUCCGAGCCCCAUUUUUUUGACAUGCGGCAGUCUACUAGAAAACUGUCGAAUUGAAUUCAAACGUUCACUUUGCGCUUUUUGUUUCUUAUACAUCCAGAACUUUGGGAACGGAACGUACUCAACUUAGCAUAUACUACUGGCGUUCACCGAGGGGAGGUAAAAAAAUGUGAAAAAUGGGUCACGUAGUAUGGACAUUGUUUCUUAAGGGGGUUCAAGGAAUACUGCGUAGUGCAAUAGGGAAAGCAUGCUAUUAAAAUUAUAUUAUUGGUUAAUUUAUUUCUGAAAAAUAGAGACCCAGUUUCAAAACUGGUGUUUGGGCACAAUAUGGCUUCAGAUAUAAUUUUAAUACAUGUGUCUAAUCAAACUUAUUGUACUGUUUAGAAAUAAAUAGAAGUUAGAGUAUAUCUAAAACUACAAGAUGAUUGAGUAAAUUUAAGCAUUCACUUAAGAGAUAUUUGUUAAAAGAAUAUUUUUGUUUAGCAUUAUUGUUUGGUGGGAUAAAAUUAUUAUGUAAUAAAAUAAAUUAUCAUAC